GCUGCUCCAGCUCUGGCUCUCCCUUGAACAGCUCCUAGAGAGAACAAGGCGUGCGGAGCUCGGAUCACCAGCAUCAUGCUCCUUGGGCUUGGAUCGUAGAUCCCCCUCUUUGAACACUAAAAUAACUCCUUCGUCUUUCAGCGUCCCAAGCAGACCCAGCGAGAAAACAAGCACGUGAGAGAGAGAGAGAGGAAAGAAAGAGGAGGAAGACGAAAAUCUGCAACCAAGGGGACUAAAGCAAAGAAAAAGAGUGCUUUGCUUGCACAGCUGCAAAGUGGGAAUUUCAAGAGCUGCAGAGAGAGAAAUUCCAGCUCAUCAGCACAUACACAUUGCAGAAUUACAGAUCCAGGUAGAAAUGACAUCAACAGGGAAAGAAGGCAGCGGAGCUCAACAUGCACAAUAUGUUGGACCCUAUCGUUUGGAGAAAACCCUAGGAAAAGGACAGACAGGGCUUGUGAAGUUGGGUGUUCACUGUGUCACGUGUCAGAAGGUCGCGAUAAAAAUUGUCAACAGAGAGAAGCUCAGUGAGUCGGUGCUAAUGAAGGUGGAGCGGGAAAUAGCCAUCCUGAAGUUGAUAGAACAUCCCCACGUUUUAAAGCUGCAUGAUGUUUACGAAAAUAAAAAAUAUUUGUAUUUGGUGCUAGAACAUGUGUCAGGUGGGGAGCUCUUCGACUAUCUUGUAAAAAAGGGAAGAUUGACACCAAAAGAAGCCAGGAAGUUCUUCCGACAAAUCAUCUCUGCUUUAGACUUCUGCCAUAGUCAUUCAAUAUGCCACAGGGACUUAAAACCAGAAAACCUACUGCUGGAUGAAAAGAACAACAUCCGGAUAGCAGACUUCGGGAUGGCAUCACUGCAGGUUGGGGACAGCUUGUUAGAAACCAGUUGUGGAUCACCACAUUAUGCUUGUCCUGAAGUCAUCCGGGGAGAAAAAUAUGAUGGAAGGAAAGCAGACGUCUGGAGCUGCGGAGUCAUUUUGUUUGCGUUGCUAGUGGGCGCCCUGCCUUUCGAUGACGACAACUUGCGGCAGCUGCUGGAGAAGGUGAAGCGUGGAGUGUUCCACAUGCCCCAUUUUAUCCCCCCCGACUGUCAGAACCUUUUGCGGGGGAUGAUUGAAGUGGAUGCCUCGAAACGUCUCACGCUAGAACAUAUUCAGAAACACAUAUGGUAUAUAGGGGGUAAGAAUGAGCCAGAACCAGAGCAACCAAUCCCUCGAAAGGUGCAGAUUCGUUCUCUCCCUUCCUUGGAGGAUAUUGAUCCAGACGUGUUAGAUAGCAUGCACUCGUUAGGCUGCUUCCGUGACCGAAAUAAACUCUUACAGGACUUGUUGUCGGAAGAAGAAAACCAAGAAAAAAUGAUUUAUUUUCUUCUGCUUGACCGGAAGGAGAGGUAUCCUAGUCAUGAAGAUGAGGAUCUUCCCCCUAGAAAUGAAAUAGAUCCCCCCAGGAAGCGUGUGGACUCCCCAAUGCUGAACAGGCACGGGAAGCGGCGGCCGGAGAGGAAGUCCAUGGAGGUUCUCAGUGUGACAGACGGCGGAUCCCCGGUUCCUGCUCGCAGAGCUAUUGAAAUGGCACAGCAUGGACAGAGUAAAACAAUGUUCAGUAAAAGCCUGGAUAUCUCUGAAGCCAAUCCCAAAUUCAACAAAGAAGAAAGGAUGGCGAGUGCUGAUCCAUUGGGGUCUCGGUCAAUCAGCGGAGCAUCGUCUGGGCUCUCCACCAGUCCUCUCAGCAGUCCUAGGGUCACCCCUCACCCCUCUCCAAGGGGAAGUCCCCUCCCUACCCCCAAGGGGACACCUGUUCAUACGCCAAAGGAGAGCCCAGCAGGCACACCCAACCCAACACCACCAUCCAGCCCCAGCAUUGGAGGAAUGCCUUGGAGGACACGGCUCAACUCCAUCAAGAACAGUUUCCUGGGGUCUCCUCGCUUCCAUCGUCGGAAAUUACAAGUACCUACACCAGAAGAGAUGUCUAAUUUAACCCCAGAAUCAUCCCCAGAGCUUGCCAAAAAAUCCUGGUUCGGUAACUUCAUCAACUUGGAGAAAGAAGAACAGAUUUUUGUGGUCAUCAAGGACAAACCACUAAGCUCCAUUAAAGCUGAUAUAGUCCACGCUUUCCUCUCGAUCCCAAGUCUCAGUCACAGUGUCAUCUCACAGACAAGUUUCCGUGCAGAAUAUAAGUCCACAGGAGGUCCUGCUGUCUUCCAGAAGCCAGUGAAGUUCCAGGUGGACAUAACAUACACAGAAGGGGGAGAGGCACAAAAGGAGAACGGGAUCUAUUCUGUCACUUUCACACUCUUAUCAGGUCCAAGCCGUCGCUUUAAGAGGGUAGUAGAAACCAUUCAGGCACAGUUGUUAAGCACACAUGACCAGCCUUCAGUGCAGCAGUUAUCAGACACCACUAACUGUAUGGAGUUGAUGACUGGCAGACUUUCCAAAUGUGGGGAAAGAAGACCUUAGUCUGUGCAUGAAACACCAGGGAUGUUCUGAAGAAUCACUGAGCCAAACCUUCAUCCCUGUCCAGAGGAAAUGGGAUGUCAUCUCACUUUCUGAAAUAAGAAAGGCAGCCUUUUUGAGGCCCCCUGAUGGACUUACAGGUGUAAGAGCCUAUGACACAUCUUGCACUGAAUGCUAGGCAUGGAAGAUUGCUGCAAAACCUAUUCUAAUCCAUCAUCGCCUGCAUUUUCGACUCUUGUUUUACUGGAUUUAUACCUCAAAGGGAACUGAGAACUAACAGGAGCAACACCCUGCACCAUUUUCAUGCUUCCAGGAUAGCUGACCUAUUCUUGUGUAUCUCCAGAGUAAAAGUGUGAGGACUCCUUGUCUAUCCAAAGAGCAAUGUGAACACCAGCCCAGCAUCAUUUUUUCCUUGACUGCCAGGACAGGAGGGCAUUAUUACCUACUAUUUAAUUACAAGUACAAAAGGCAAAGGAAGGAAAGGGUUAGUGAAAUGGCCUAUUUCCAUUUUCAGUAGCUCUCUAAACAUCCCUAAGGAUUUUCUUACCUCCCAUUAAAAUUUUAACUGAAAAUGCUGAUUGUAAAGAAUCCAGCAGUGAUACAGGCAAAGAAAAGUAGACUGUUAAAUACUUUUGCUGCAAUAAAUCUCCGGGCACUUGAAAGCCAGUAGGGCAUGGGGAGGAGAAAGGGUGGAUGAAACAUGGGCUGCAUAUUUUAGUAGAAUGACUAAAAAUCCUGUAUCAGGACUCAGCAAACACAAGAUGUAUAAUUUCUAAAGUGUUUUAUUGCUCCAUUCUUGCAAGUUGUACUUUUGUCACUAUUCCUGUCUAUAUGAAAACAAAAAACUUUACCAAUUGCUGCAGAGCCCUGCUUACUCUGCCCUCAUCUUUCCCCCUAAGCUUGUUGAAUAAGCUGCUCAGCUGAAUAACUAGAGAUAUUCCUCUACUCUUUUCUCCCAACCCAGCAGUCUUUUCCUCUCCAGCAUUUUUUUCAGUGCUCUUUUUCAUUCUCUCUGCUGAAUCCAUUUGCUUAUGAAGAUGAGGGGUCCAAAGCCACCUGAGAGCCAGAUCUGCCCACAUUCCUGCAUUCAAGGCUGAGUGUUUGCUUUCUUUCUUUCUCUUUUCAUUGAAAAAUGGUAUUCACCUAAAAGAAGUAUAAAUUAGUCUGAGUAGAUAAAAAUGAGUCUGCACAAAUCAUGUACCCACAGACCUAAAACAGUUUUAGGGAGGCUUAGGGAAAUCUCUGAUGUAGAAGUCAUAGAUGUGGAACAGAUAUCCCUUUUCCCAAGCAUUUGCAUGCAUGUGGAAGGGAGCAGGUAGAGCUCAGGGAGGCCUUAGCCCAAAGUGAUUGAGUUCAGUGAAAGCCUUUCUCUUCUUAGUCAGAAACUGAGAUAUGUGCUUUGCCUGGUUGGUCAUUUGUGCCCAUCACUAAGGCUUCAGUCAGUUGAGUGAAUGAUGCCCUUCCAGAAACUCACAUGGCCUACUGCUUUUAGCUUUAGUGUAACUGAGUGACAGAACCAGGGCAAGCAGAACAUUAACCACAAAGCAGCAGGCACAGGAAGUCAAGGAAUGAAUUAGAUUAAUAAGAUUCUUCACUGUAUAUGCCAGCCAUUUGACUUUUCUCAAUGCCUGUUAACAAGCAGGGGAAAGCAGCUACUACCUAGUUGGCAUACGGCAGGAAAAAAAGAGUAACAUAUUCAGUUUUGCAGAGCACAAAUACUAUAUAUUUCCUCUUUCUCUGGGUAAGACAAUGAUGUCUGUCUAGCAUUUUCCAUUAGAGAAUAAGAAAGUACUCAACAAGCUCUUCAGUUGAAUUGCUGUGUGCAGAAAGUACUUGCCUGCUGUAGUUACUGAGUUGCUUAUCUUUGGAAAUAAAGUGAAGGGAAAUACAUCAUGACCAAGCCACUGGUCAUAAUGUAUUUCCCUUCACUUUAAUUCACUUUAAUUAGACACUGGUGGAAGUGUCCACCAGUCUCUGCUAUGAGGAAGCCCUUUGCUCCUGACCGAAUAUCCCCAUUUUGGGGAUGAAAGGUUCCCCUGUUGACAGCAUUGUACCACAAUGGAAGGCAGAUACAAGGGGUCUGUUUCCUUUGAGGAGCUGGAGAUUGAAAUUGUUUGAAUUUGAUAGAACGGUAGAGCCAACAGUCCCAAUAUUGAGAAAACCAUUAUGGGGUUUUAAUGAUCUCCUUACACCAUCUCCUCCAUGGUGUACAUCAGAAAAAAAACACCUUCAAUAUCCAUAUUCAAAGUGUUUAUUGUGACCCCUUCUAUGUUUGAUAAAGAUAAAUCCCCCAAUCCAAGAAAAUUAUAGGGGACUAGAAAUUCCCAGAAGAAGGCUACCUCUCCAGAAGUAGCUGGUCCCUUUCCCUCAGUAGCACCCCAGAACCUUUCCUCGGGUAUGACCUUCCACACCCUCUAACACAGAAGUAGAUUAAGAACAUAUGACCAUGCUGCCUGGAGGCCCACAUGGCACGAAAGGCUGUAUUCAUGUGCCCAGUCCUUGUUAACACUGCAGCCUGAUCUAGGGGCUGGCUUAAGGAGAUGUCUGUUCCAGAAACACACAGCUUUACCUUCCUCUCUGGCUCCUAACUGCACUGGAAUGCAUGUCAGUGCCAUGGAGGCUGGCAUGUGGAGAGAGCAUAAAUUCAGGACAAUGAGGUGGUAGGUCUUGACCCUGGCAGGUCCCAGAAGCAGGCAGAUGUAUAACAGCCUGCUUCCACAUUCAGCAUCAUCAUCAUUUCCAGGUACUUGUUUAGGGAGGAUCUGAAGGUACUUAGAAACCUGCAAAUGCAAACCACAGACCACGCAUGCAGAUGGCAACACUCAUCUCAGCCACAGCUCACUUUCCAAAUGAUGCUUCCCUGGGACCACUCAGGUGCUUCAGGCUUAGUCAUGACAGAGUGGCAAGGAGAAACUCAGAAUGAAAUAAAAUAUCAGCAAGGAAAGUCUAAUGCCUGGUGUAGACAGAGAGUUUAGCAAGGCUGCAAAGUAAAGCAUCAAUGGGCAGCCACAUGGAAAUAUUCCGUGUUUGUAACAGCAGGAGUAGGAUGGGGUUUGCCUGUGUCCAGCAUUACAGUUACUGACGUUUCCAUGUUGAGUGGCCAAGUGAAUCCUAGUAAUGGACUGAUCUGUUUCGGUCACAUGGUACUGUGUCUCCCUGCCAGGUGAGACAGCAAUGCUUCCCCAGUCGGGAAAAAACUAGGACCUUCCCUCUAGGUGCUUUAUGGUCCCAGGUUCUUUAUUUCUGUAGGUGUCCCAUCCUAAACACUCUUCCUCUUCCUGCUCAUUGUCUUCAUCCCCCACACACCCCCACGCACAUGGCUCUGGAUCUCCUCAUCAUGUUCUUCUCGUUAAAAACCCCAUUGUUCAUUUGUUUGUUUGUUCUCUCUCU